CGUGCUUUUGUAGGGAAUUGCGUUGCAUUGUCCGUCUAAUAUUGGCUUAGGAGGGCAAUCAUGGACUGCAAGGGAACUAGUUGGCUGAAAAAAGAGAAGAAUGAAGUAUAUGCUGAACCAGGCUCCUUGAUCACCACCAUUGAAAUGCACCUUACUGACUGUCACUGAGAAGGCCACUUUCUGAAAAGAAUGAGCCAUUUCAUGAAAGUAAAAGAAGAAUUGGAUGAGCAAGUGGACCAACAGUGUCUUGAACAUAACUUGGGAACCUCUUGGCCAAAUGAUUUUAUCAAGGAGGAUCCUGAACUAAAUUUGGAGGUGGAUGAAACUGAGAAUACUGUGGCAGCUUCGUUAAGAAAUGCAUCUGAUAGUUUAAGUUUAAUUCAAAGUGCUGGUGACAGCUGUGACAUUUCAUAUCAAGAAACAUUACAUCAAGGAGUAGUCGAUGACAAGCUGGAGAUAGAUGCAGAGAAGUCAACAGAUUUCAGUAUGUCUUAUAACUAUACCAAAAUACGGACUUCACAAGAAGACAGCUUAUGUGGCACGAGAUUAAGUUGCAGCAUCAGGGAAAAGGAAUUCCAUAAGUUUAACUGUAGUUUCUGCCUACAGAGCUUCCCUUCAAAAUACAGACUCAUAAUGCAUGUCUUCAUCCACAUUGAUUGUGUGCAGGCACCUUCAUAUGUUUGUAAGUCAUGUGGUGAGGUAUUUCCCACUGAUGACUGCCUGAAAGAACAUUUGAGAAUGAGUGAGGGCGACCAAGCAUUAUCUGCUGCCAACAGUGAGAAACCUGAAUGUGGUGAUAACCGUGAAAACAAUAUCUCCUUGGAGUGUGUACGAGAAGGAAUCGUGGAACAGAUUGAGAAGAAAUCUUCAUGCAAGGAAACCAAGAAAACUUUAAAGAAAUCCUUUAAUGACAUACAUAAUACAGGUAAUGUUACGAAAGUUGCAGAGAAACUCGAAAGAUGUCAUGACGAUGGAAUUUUAUGUAAAAGUGAUAAUGCUAAUGUCCACACUGUGCUAAAUGCAAAGAGAAAUCACAAAUGUGAUGUAUGUGGUAAAUUCUUUACUCUGUUACGUAAUCUUAAGACACAUAGCUUAAUACACUCAACCAAGAGGCCCCACAAAUGUGAUACUUGUGGCAAAUCUUUUAAUGUAUUGCGUUAUCUCAAGAAGCAUGUCUUAAUACACACUGGUGAGAGACCCUACAAAUGUACUUUUUGUGGAAAAAAAUUUAUUUUUUCUGACCGUCUCAAGGCACACGAAUUAAUACACACAGAAAAGAGACCCCACGAAUGCGAUGUUUGUGGAAAAUCGUUUACUCGGUCGGGCAUUCUCAAGACGCAUUUAUUAAUACACACUGGUAAGAGACCCUACAAAUGCACUGUUUGUGGAAAAUCUUUUAUACAGUCUGGCAAUCUCAGGUUACACGAAUUAAUACACACAGGAAAGAGACCCCACGAAUGUGAUGUUUGUGGAAAAUCGUUUACUCAGUCGGGCCAUCUCAAGAAUCAUUUGUUAAUACACACUGGAAAGAGACCCCAUGAAUGCGGUGUUUGUGGAGAAUCAUUUACUAAGUUAAGCCACAUGAAGAGGCACAUUUUCAUACACACUCGUACGAGACUGUUCAGAUGUACUGUUUGUGGAAAAUCUUUUACUCUGCCCGGCAAUCUGAAGUUACAUAAUUUAAUACACAAAGUAGAGAGACCCCACGAAUGCGAUGUUUGUGGAAAAUCGUUUACUCAGUCCAGCAAUCUCAAGGUACACGAAUUAAUACACACUGGUAAGAGACCCCACGAAUGCGGUGUUCGUGGAAAAUCGUUUACUCGGUCGUGCCAUCUCAAGAAUCACUUGUUAAUACACACUGGAAAGAGACCCCACGAAUGCGAUGUUUGUGGAAAAUCGUUUACUCAGUCGUGCCAUCUCAAGAAUCAUUUGUUAAUACACACUGGAAAGAGACCCCACGAAUGCGGUGUUUGUGGAAAAUCUUUCAUUAAGUCGAGCAAUCUGAAGGUACACGAAGUAAUACACACUGGUAAGAGACCCCACGAAUGCGGUGUUUGUGGAAAAUCGUUUACUCAGUCGAGCAAUCUCAAGGUACACGAAUUAAUACACACUGGAAUGAGGCCUCACGAAUGUGAUGUUUGUGGAAAAUCGUUUGUUACGUCGAGCCAUAUGAAGCAGCAUAUUUUCAUACACACUGGUACGAGACCUUACAGAUGUAAUGUUUGUGGAAAAUCUUUUACUCAGUCUUGCAAUCUAAUGAGACACGAACUAAUACACGCUGGAAAGAGACCUUACAAAUGUAGUGUUAAAGGUAAAUACACUCCUGCAAAUUGAAAUAAGAACACCGUGAAUUCAUUGUCCCAGGAAGGGGAAACUUUAUUGACACAUUCCUGGGGUCAGAUACAUCACAUGAUCAC